AUGACCUCUCCCAGCGACGAGGCUGCCGAGAUCUCGGCCCAGAUCAUCCGCUCCAUCCAGCAGCAGCUCGCCUCGGUGCUGCACAACCAGCUCCUCGCCUCGGGCACCCUUAUAAAGCCCACCCUCCAUCUCGAGGGCGUCAUCCACGAAGGCUGGGAGGGCGCUGCCAACGCUCGAGCCGUGUCCCGCCGCAUCGAUCUCGGCUCAAUCGACAUCGCCGCAAUCAGAGCCGCGUCGGCUACCCCCCACCACACGCCUGCUCCCACUGAUGCCCCGUCUACCCCGGCCGGUGAUGCGAGCAGCAAUGGGUGCACACUCGCCUUGACCCGGCCCCAGCGCGCGCGCCGCCCGCCGCCGCGCGAUUACCUCUCGGACCCGGAACCGGCUUCUAAGCGCAGAAAGGAGACGGGCGGUCUCCGUCUGAGCCGCCCGUCCUGUAACCCGUCGCCUAACGAGCUCGAGGAGGAAGACUCCGGGCCCGCGCCUGUCCGCCAGAUCGAGCCCGAGACGAAGAAGUUCCCUCAGCGCAAGAAGGUCGCUCCCAAAGUCCGUCCGCUGCAGCCCUCGACCUUAGACCGUCUGAUCAUCGGCAUCUGGGAGCAGAUUCACGGGAGUAUCAGCUUUGACCCGCAGAUUGUUAUUGACCAAUGGAAGGAGCCGCGGGCAGUCCAGAAGAGUAUCGACUCUGUCGGUGCCCCAUCGCAGAUGGCACUCUCUCCCAUAGGAGCCAAAACAUCAUCUUUCAACAGGAUGAACGUCCUCUGUAGGAAAGUCACCACUGCAAGUCGCUGCUGCCGCUCUCUCGAGGUCAUAGUCCAGGCGUAUUGGAUCCAAUGCUUUGACGCAAGAGUGCAAGUUUUGUGUGAUACUAACCCCCAGCAAUCCCCAACAAAAAGCCGGAAAGCUGCCCUCAUGGAGGCCUGCCAGGAUUUCGGCUGGAGCGAGAAAGAUCUCAGAAACAAGAUGGCCAUAUGGCGGGGCUACUAUGAGAUCAAAGAAGCAGCCGGAUGGGUCGCUCUGGUCUUUGCUGGCAUGGGUAUCUACCGCUUCUGCAAGUAUCGCAUCAGUUUCGACAAGGAGGCCAUGCAACGUUUGGCUACUCUCCGUCCCCGAUUCGAAGUAGCAGCCGACACCUUGCAGCCUCAAUGGCGACAGCUGCUCUCCUUCAUCGGCGAAUCGUCCGAGCGCACUUUCCACGGCCAUCCCCAUGACUGGGUGGUUGCAGAUAACAGAAUGCCCGUUCCGCUGGCCCAUACAUACCUGCAAUGGGAUCCUAGUUUCACAUACGAACACAUCGACUCUUCCAUCCUAGACGUCGAGGCAUGGGGACUGGCAGACCCCCGCGAGCUUUCUUCUGACAAACCCCAGCAAUCUUUCACGUGCGAUUCUUGCAGAGAGUUGCAAGCAGACGACCCUGCCGUGAACUGUUGUCGCUGCUUCCCCAACCUCUACGGUGGCCCGCGGAAUCCGUGUCCGGUCCAGGUCUUCCGGACGCCCAACGGCCGUAACAACGGCCUCGUGGCUUGUUGCCCAUUCGAAAGGGGCAUGGCGAUAGGCGAGUUCGUCGGGCUCGUCACCCGCGGCCUGCACAACAUGGACGUCAUGCAGGGCGAGACCAACGGGCGGACGUACCAGAUCUGGCAGGGGCGCCAGGGCAACUACACGCGCUUCGUCAACCAUUCGUGCCACCCGAACAGCCAGUUCGAGAAGUUCACCUGGCUCGGCGUCCAGCGCAUCAUCCUGGUGUCCAAGGGGAUAGAGGCUGGCCACGAGAUCACCGUCGAUUAUUCCGGCAGGUAUUGGACCAAUUUGGAUAAGGAGUGCUUGUGCGGAGAGAGCUGCUGUAGGUAUCGCAACAGGGGUGGUAGUAGAGUCGAGACUAAAAGUCACGAGUAA